AUGGCCAACAUGGCGAUUCUCAAAUCCGUCUUUCUGGCCCUAGGCCUUAGUGCCAUCCUAUCCGCAGCUCAAAACAACCAGAACUACCCCUACCUCAAUGGCACCACAAUCCACCAACCCAGGCGAGGUGUGGAAGAACUGACCUAUCCACGCUAUGUCGAGCUACUCGACGGCACCAUCCUCGUCACCGCAUCACACGGCACCUUUGGACAGCCGAGCUCACAAGCAGCUGCUGUUGCCGCAGCCUACUUCCCCGUCUUUGCCAGCUCGGACGGCGGCGCGAGCUGGGACUGGAUCUCGAACAUCACGGACCAGGUCAAUGGAUGGGGUAUGGGCGCUCAGCCGGCUUUGAUGGAGCUGACGGAGCCGAUUGGCGAGUAUGCGGAGGGCACUAUCCUCGCGGCCGGGAAUAGCUGGAGCGAGAACGGGACUCAUAUUGAUGUCUACGCUUCUAUGGACAAGGGGAGUAGUUGGGAGUUUGUGAGUAAUGUUGCCAAGGGGAAUGCGCCGAAUACGACCAAUGGAGCGCAUCCGAUUUGGGAGCCGUACUUGAUGCUCUACGACCAUCAGCUCAUCUGCUACUACUCCGACCAACGCGACCCCCUGCACGGCCAAAAGCUCGCGCACCAAGUCACCACCGACGCCAAAUCCUGGGGUCCAGUGGUCAACGACGUCGCAUACCCCACCUACUCCGACCGUCCCGGCAUGACCAUCAUCACGCAACUCCCGGACACCACCUGGAUCCUCGUCCACGAGUACCCCGGCGGCUACACUUUGGGCCUGGCCAACUACCCCGUCUUCUACCACAUUGCCCCCACGCCCCUCGACUUCAUCACUGACCCCGGCCGUCCUAUCAUCGCCAACGGUUUUCAGCCCAGCAGCUCCCCGUACGUCGUCUGGAGUUCCUGCGGCGGACCGAACGGCACUAUAGUGGUGAGCGACGCAGAUCACAGCGGCGUCUUCAUCAACACCAUGCUCGGCGACGAGACCGGGUGGAGGUAUAAAGUGACCGAAGCGAGACCGGCGUAUAGCCGCGCCCUGGCGGUGUGGAGGAACCAGCCGAAGAAGCUGGCGACGAUUAGUGGGGCGAUGUAUGGGGAUGGGGAGACGAAUCGAUCGAGGCCGUUGAGUUUGUGGGUGGAGGAUUUGGAGGGGCUGGUGAGGCAGAAUCCGCCGCCGGAGGGGAGGACGCCGAUUCAGAUCUAUUAUUCGCAGUUGGAUAGGGAUGGGGCGUGA